CUGUAUUCCACUGUGGCUAACUUGACCUCCGCUCAGUUCAGUGGGAAUUCACAUUGAACGACUCCGGACGGUAAUGCAGCUCUCACAGCCAACACACACUUGAAUCUUCAGGCUUUGUUCCCAUCAUCAUUCCAGUCAGCGGCACCAUGGCUGGCUUCAGGCAGGAGGAUGUUGAGUUGUAUUAUGAGAUGGGAGAGGAGCUGGGCAGCGGACAGUUCGCCAUCGUUCGGAAGUGCAAGGAGAAGAACAGCAGCGUCGAGUACGCCGCCAAGUUCAUCAAGAAGCGGCGGCUGUCGUCCAGCCGGCGGGGGGUGAGCCGCGAGGAGAUUGAGCGCGAGGUCAACAUCCUGCGGGAGAUCCAACACAGCAACAUCAUCACCCUGCACGACAUCUUCGAAAACAAGACCGACGUGAUCCUGAUCCUGGAGCUGGUGUCCGGGGGAGAGCUGUUCGACUUCCUGGCUGAGAAGGAGUCUCUGACGGAGGAGGAGGCCACCCAGUUCCUCAAGCAGAUCCUGGACGGCGUUCAGUAUCUGCACUCCAAACGCAUCGCUCACUUUGACCUCAAGCCUGAGAACAUCAUGCUGCUGGACAAGAACGUCCCCAACCCCAGGAUCAAGCUGAUUGAUUUUGGGAUUGCUCAUCAGAUUAAAGCUGGAAAUGAGUUCAAGAACAUUUUUGGAACACCGGAGUUUGUCGCGCCUGAAAUAGUCAACUACGAGCCUCUUGGACUGGAGGCGGACAUGUGGAGCAUCGGAGUAAUCACAUACAUUCUGUUGAGCGGCGCUUCACCGUUUCUGGGCGAGACGAAGCAGGAGACUCUGACCAACAUCUCAGCUGUCAACUAUGACUUUGACGAGGAGUAUUUCAGCAACACCAGUGAGCUGGCCAAGGACUUCAUACGCCGCCUGCUGGUCAAGGAUCCCAAGAAGAGAAUGACAAUCGAUGACAGUCUUGAACACCCUUGGAUUAAGGUGAUUAAGAGGCGAAAUGUCCGCCAGGAGGAGAGAGACCACAAGACCGAGCGUAGGCGCCUGAAGACCACUCGUCUGAAGGAGUACACCAUCAAGUCCCACUCCAGCAUGCCGCCCAACAACACUUACGUCAACUUCGAGCGCUUCUCCCAGGUCCUCGAGGAGAUCGCGGCGGCAGAGGAAGGCCUGAAGGAUCUGGAGCGCAAUCAGCGCUCGUGCCGGGAGGACGUGGCGGCGCUGCUGUCCAUAUACGAGGAGAAGGAGGGUUGGUACAAGGAGGAGAACCAGAGCAUCUCCAGCGACCUGAGCCACAUCCGCCAAGAGCUGCAGCGCACUCAAGCCCAGCGCAAGAAGAGCCAGGAGGAAACCCGGCUCACCAUGCACGCCGCCAGCAUCCUCAAGCGCAAGUUCGGGCGUCUGGAAAACCGCUACGAGGUGCUGGCUGAGCAGGUGGCCUCUGAGGUCCGCUGGGUGGAGGAGCUGGUCAAAUCCAUAUCUGCAGAGAAGGACGGCCUGGGCUCCGGCAGCAUGCCCUGAGCCGCGGCGGACGUCCAGCAAUGACACUUUGAUCCUCAAGUAUCCUCCUGCCCGUCCUCUCUGCGUGUGUCCGACACGGUGGAGCUGGAGUGGGUCAGUCGUCAUCAUAAGCUAAGCUGCUGCUGCCCAUCAGGAGAAAAGUUCCACCAUUUUUUAAGGUCAUGCUUGAGAGAACCAGCAAGAAGCAGAGAGGCAAUAUGUUGAACCAGUUCCUCCGUUUAAAAAAAAAAAAAAGGCUCAUUCCUGUGUUUUCUACAUUUAUUUAUAAUUUUUAGAGAUUUUACGUACAUUUAUUUUCCUUAAUUUUUCUUAAUUACAUCUGAAUUGUGUUUGAAAGCCGUAGAUGUCUGCUCAUUCGCUCUCAGGUUAUUGGCCAGUUUAACAGCUUGUAGGUUGUCAGGUUUGCUCAGAGUUCAGGGGUAUUUAUUUAUCCAGUUACAUUUCAGAUUCAAUUGCAGCUGACAUUUUAAAAACUUCUCUCAUAUGUUGGGACAGAGUGUUGACUGUUAAAGAUGCAAUAAACAUGAACUCUCAGCAGAGAGAGCGGAAAGAUUCAGGGUAAUGCUUUAUUUUACAGGUGAUUUAUUGAGCGUUUCCUGGAAAGAACAAAGUAGUUUGGUUCUAAAUUCAGGGAGAAUAAAGCUGGAGUUUAGGUAGUUGUAGUUGUUUGAGUUUAUUAUUGACUUCCAGGGGAAUUUACAUGAAUAAAAUAGCUCAGUUUAAACCCCAGCAAAUAUGUAUUCAUCAUUAAGUCAUUAUCGGAAACUUUACUCUUCAUAAAAGCUGAAUUUUAUGUUUGCUUGUAGACACGCUGUGCGUAAAUAGUCUUACGGCUUGUGCUAGCAUUCAAGAGUUAUAUUUUAUAUAUAUAUAUAUAUAUAUUAAGAGUACCAGUUGAUCACUCUCCAGUUCUACCUAUAAUUAGUACCACGUUACAUGGUUCUUUUCAGGAAACGUCGGAGGAGUUCAAUCUGAAUUCACAGACCGGUGAAAUAAAGCGUUACCAGAUUCAGAAUGUAUAAACUCCUCUUUGCAGUGCCUGUAAACUCAUCAACCUUAUCGCCUCCGCUGAACGCUCAUCUGCUCAUCGAGUUAACGACAUUUCUAUCACAUUGAUACUGCUCGAUGUCUUAACAACUUUUGCACAUUAGCCUUGUAAACCAAAAAUACUGUGCAUGUAGACUUUCUCUAUAUACUGUAACCGUUGUUAAUGUUUUCAUCCUGACGUCCCCGCACACUUGAAACAUUCCAUCGAUAACGUUUCACAUCCAGGCAGCACAUUCCCCCCUAUAGCGUAGACAGUGUGUGAUAUAGUCUGUAGUGUUUUUCAGUAGAGAAAUGUACUCAUUUGCACUUAAAUGAUUAUAGCAGUGUUCCCAAAUCUAUUUUAAUCUGUCUCUUAGAAAGAGCUGUAAAAAAAAUGAACGGAGCUUGUUUCAAAUAAACAAAGUUAUCACUG